AUGAAUUCUGAUCAUCAAACCACCACAUUCCACGGCGAGUCUGUACCCACUCACAACGCCACCGCCACCGUCGCGAGUACGGACAUCUCGCACUCUUCCACCGUCCCGUCGUCAAAACAGGCGUCCAACAGUCGAUAUCUUGCUCAUCCCCCGGGAAUCCCUAUUCCUCUCGCCCGCAUGCGAGGCAACGUUUACCGACGACUUAAACAUCCACCAGGAAUUCCAAUUCCGCUUGCGCGUAUGCAAGAUUCCGCCUACCAACGUCUUGAUCACCCACCUGGGAUCCCAUUCCCUCUUGCGCGUAUUCAAACCUACGCAUCUCAACAUUCCAGGGAUUCAUCGACAAGCUCCUGGAGCACACAGACGUAUACGACCAAGAGCAACCAUUCCCAGGCGCAGGCUCCCCUGCAGCAACAGGGCCGUGAUACCCUAGCGACUGAUGUUCGCGUGGUUCCACCGCCCUUCCCCGGAGGUGCCAUUCUGAACCCUAUAUGGGUGAACACCCCCCGCGUUGGCUUGGGACACGUCGAGCGCACAGAUACGAAGGCACUUGAGCCAUUCCGGGUCCCCAGGGGAGCCGUCCUGAACCCUACCUGGGUGGAUACCUCCCGCGUCGGCCUCGGACAGGUCUCGGGCGGCCGCGCAGACCUCGAGCCCUUCAGGACCAAGCUCGCGGACCAGGCAUGGCCUGGUCUCAGCAAGCAUAUCCGCCCUACCAUGGGCACACGCAUCGUCAUUCCGACGUCGCCCAAGUACGACUACGGCCAGUCGGACGACUACGACUGGGCCGUGGCGCUCAGCACGUACGACUCCCUCAAUAUUGAGGAGGGAAAGCAUGCGCGGGACUUCUUCUCCCAAUGGCAGAAGGACUCGGAGUUGUUCGGGAUGUGGAAGGAUGAGUGGGGCCGGCAGGCGAGGGCGACGGAAGGUGUCUUCGAGGGGGAGCCUGAGCUGCUCAUGGAGCAACACCUGGACGAGAUGCCAAGCCUGCUCUUCCUGUCGGAGGAACGCAGCGAGGAGGGAGCAGGGGGCUCGCCUUCCAAUGAUGUAUCGAUGUCGCCGACGUCGCCGCUCUUGGACGACAUUAUCCCCGGAAUGGUCGGGUUGGGCGACCAAGCCAAAGAGCAAUCGGCGAUGGAGGAGCUGAUCGAGUUGGUCGACGACACUCGGGAGGAAUGGUCCGAGGUCAUUUGCUGA